AUGAUUGCCAGCUUGAGCUUUCACCCAGCAUCCUCCAACUUCCACUUCAUCUUUCCAUCCAAAGCCUACGCACCACGGUCGAUGGCCCCUGCAGACCAAACCCGCGAGACAUACCCGGAAGCGGAGACCGGCGAUCCAUGGGACUUUCCAACCCUGACCCCGGAAAACUUUAACGGGAGUCCCCAAAGACGCAAAAAUCCGCAGGAUCCCCUUGCUGUGCAACUAUCCCUGGCGGAGGCGUUCAAAAAUUAUGAUCAGGUUCUACUCUUUCUGGAGCAAGAUCGCCGACUAGACUCGAUCCUCCGCAAACUCGCUUUUCACGAGCUUCUCAACGAGCGCCAGCUACACGAGUUGUCUUUGCCCGACCCUGACAAACAAAAUCCUGGUCGAUUUCUCCGUUUUCUUACUGCUGCUGAUGCCUCUGCGCUUCUUGCGGGUGUGGUGAUCUUGAUGGGCGCGGACCCGGUCGGCAGACUACUCCUUCGUCUCGAAGAUUCUCGUGUUCAAACCUUGCUGAAGCAGUCGAAAGGAUUCGACAGACCAGUGAACUCACCCAAAAGCCCAUAUACCGAUUUUUAUGAAAUUACCAGAGUUCAACUUUUGAGAAGCCCGCCACCACCAUUGAGAUUUUCUCCAGUGCCAACCCAACCCAUGGUAUUGCGUUCCCCUCCAGGCACCCCCGUACCCGCCUACUCUUCGCAAUUUUCGCCUCAUGACGAGCCCCUUAGCCCCAGUUCUUUGAAAGGGGAGAUACACGAUGUCCCAGAAAUACCCAUUCAAAACGUUCCAGAUGAAGCUUCGGAGGAACAACAAUUUCCUUUCAGCGUCAUUCGGGAUAUUGAGCUCAGUGGUGCGCGGGUAAUUCUCACUCGAACACACACCCUCUACCGAGAGUCUUCCAGCCGCUGUUUUAUUGCGUUCAACGUCGUCUUUCAACCCAGCCAAGACCGUUUUCGUACGGCAGAGAUUUCGAUGACAUUCCUACCCAUAGCUGGGAGUAAACAACAUCCUGUCAUCCUGAAUAUAUUCCCUAACCCGAAUCAACGCUGGUCAACAGGCCCUUCGUGCGACCUUGUCUCGAAUGCCAAAAGGAAUAUAAAUCUGAUGGUCGAUGGAGAUCAAAUCCGCAUCCAACUCCAGCCUCACGGCAGCUGGAGUUGCCACGUCCAAGCUCACGAUUUCAUUGUCAGAAAGUCGCGCUGGAGACGGGAUCAUUUACAGUUUUGCAUUCGCCGUCGUUCUGGAUCUGAGGACUCAGAGCAAACCCGACUUCUCAGCCAACUUGCGCUUGAACUGGCAGUUGGGGAAUCGGAGCUGGUUCCCCCGCCAUCGGUUCUCUAUCUCAGCGGAAGUUCCAUUCUGCAAGCUCACAGAGCUCGAUGGCGGCGACUCUCCCUCGAUUUCGUCCAGGCACAUGGACGGCUAGUUGGCAGCUAUGUACUCGAGACCCUCCAUCCCCUUCUAUUUUCUCACUUCCUCAUUAAAAAUACGUUCAUUAAACUUCUUGAUUGA